AUGUGCCCUGGUGGAGCUCCUGGCAGCUGCCUGGGUGGCAAGGAGGGCCUCGCGUGUCGACGCUGUCCUGUGGGUCAGUUCGCCUCCUCGGGGUCCUGCCAGACCUGCAGCGACUACGUGGCAGUCCUUUGGCUCCUGGGGCUCAUCGCCUUGAUCGCUGGGGUCACCGGCUCUUACUACGUCUUCUCCGCGCGCUAUGUGCCGAAGGCCAGCCCAAUGUUCCGCGCACAGGUCAGUGGUGAUAUUGCAGUGAUGGUGCUGCAAAACCUGGCCGUCUUGCAGGUGGUUUGGGGCUCUGGCAGUGAAUUGGAAUUCUUCGCCUUCACCUCGUUCUUGGUCUUGGACCUGGAUGGUGCAGGCAUUGCCUGCGUUUGGCCCAAUGCCGCAGGACAAUUUGCAGGUGUGGUGUCUCUGUGGCCCAUCAUCCUGUUCUUGAUUCUGAGCAUCUAUCUUUGCAGCAGACUUCCUGUCUGCCGGCGCCGGAACGGCACGUGGACGAAUACGCGCACCAUUGGAUUGGCUGGGAAAUUCAUGCAGGUGGGCUUCACGUCAAUGACCAACCUGGGUCUCAUGCCUUUCGUGUGCUUCCGGCAUCCCAAUGGAGCCUACAGCAUGCUGAAGUACUCCAACAUCCUUUGUGGCUCAGGAGAGCAUGUCGUCAUGCAAGUUUUUGGGGGUUGUUUGCUUGCAUUGGGGCUGAUCUUCUUGUCGAUUUGCACCGUUUGGACCAUCAUGGCGCCCCAAUGGUCUUCGACGUCUUCAGGAGGGAAGCUGGGACAGGUGAACUUUUUGAUCCGGCGCUUCCAACCCAGCACCUGGUGGUUUGGCUUGUUCCUUUUGGCCAGAGGACCUUUGCUGUCAAUGCCCACGAUCAUUGCACCGGAUUCGUCCAGUUUGCAGCUCUCUAUGAUGCUGAUGGUGCUCGUGGUCUCCCUUUGUGUGCAGGCGACGGUGCAGCCUUGGCAGACGCCAUGGUUGAAUUUGGCAGAUACGACGGCGGUUGCGGCCCUAGUGUGUGUUCUGGCAGUUUCCUUGAGCUGUGCAGAGGGCGAAUGUGCACCAGCGGUUCAAACUUUGUGGGUGGUUCUGGCCGUUUCCUUGCUGCUGAUCCUGGCUUUCUUUUUGCUCACUGCAUGGAUUGGAGCUUUCUACAGCAAGGUCACGGGAAAGGAUCUGCCAUUGUUGAACCUCUACAAGACGGUGCAACCUGAGACGAUUGUGCAAGGUCUUGGAAAUCUCGCCGCCAAGCUGAGCAGCCAGGACCAUGAGCGGCUGCAGAAGGCCGUGGAGUCGCUGUGCUUCUACGACCUCCAAUGUGCCCAACUGUCCAUCCAAGCGCUCCAAGAGUGCUGGGGCAUCGCAACGAGCUCCCAUCUCUCGCCCCGCAUCUCUGCUCCCAUGUUUGAUGAAGGCGAGAUCACGCUGGGCCAAGCUGCGGAGUUCGAUGCGAAUGACACGAAGGUGCCAGAGCAAGGCGAGAUCACACUGGGCCAAGCUGCGGAGUUCGAUGCGAAUGACACGAAGGCGCCAGAGCAAGGCGUUGGCGAGGGCAACAUCGAGACAGUGCUCGAGAGCACCGUAUCACAGGAGAUGCCGACCUUAAGCGAGCAACAACCAAAUGAAGCUGGCAUCGUGCAGUGCGAGCUCUAG